CACCCCCGCCGCUCGGCCUGGGAGAGAGGGCUCGGGUCUGCUAGAGGUCGGGGAAGCUCAGCCGGGAAGGGAAGGGGCUGGCCCAAAUCGCCAGACCCGGGGUGGUUUGCGGUGUGGGGCGGUCCCCUAAGAAACACUCUCAGACACCGCUGUCUCCGGUCAGCCACCGCUGGGGCCGGGCUGGCUGGGACAGACAGCGUGGCUGAGGGUCAGGCGGUGGAGAUGAAGCGCCAGUCCCUGACUCCUGGAAGGGAGACCCCAUUGGCCCUUCCCAGGCAGAGUCCUGACGCGAUGAAGAGUGCCUUCUCUGGGCCUCAGUUCCACCCCGAGUUCCAAGGACUCUUAGCUCCUACUGUCUGGCCCAAGCUUGUCCUCUGAGCCCUGCUUGGCACAGAAGACCAGGCAGGACUACAUCUUCCUCGGACGGGACACACCACUGGGAGGUGCCAGAGGCAGGAUUUCAAGGACACCUAAGUUCCUGGAGGGAAAGGACUCCCUCACCAAAGACAGUGUUCCCACACUGUGUGCGUCCUGGCUCUGUCACCACUUGCCGGGUGGCCUCCACCACUUCUCUCCUCUCUUGGGCCUCAGUUUCCCCGUCUGUUCUAUAGGAACAGUAUGUCCUGCCUACGUCCCUGGGGACUCAGAUAUGAGUCCGCUGCAGUGUUUCUUAAGUGUGGUCCCCGGCCGUGGGCAUCCGGGGUCAUGGUUACCCCACACAAACUCUCAGCCUCAUGGGACCAGACUCUCCGGAAACAGAGCCUGGGCACCUGCGUUUACCCAAGUACAGGGGUGAUUCUUACACAUGACUGGUGACCUGUGGGGAGCUUUUUGUAAAAAGUAAAAAUCUCGACCUCAAAAAAAUCCAGAGCUGCCUUUAAUAAACACAAAUGCUCUGUCCCUUUCCUCAGUUAAGGACACUCGCCCCAAACCGACAAUCACUCUGCCUUCCGGAAGCCGCCCUGCCAGGGCAUUCUGUCGUCUUUACCUUCUGCGGUUUGUGUUCCAAACCAGAGCGAACACCUCUUCACUUUUCCAAUACCACAUUUUCAGAUCACACUUUCCCGACCUGGACACACAGCACAGUGGAGGCCUCGAGCUGUGGCUUCCUCUCAGGGGACGGCCGCGUGGCCAAUGCGGAGGAGAGGCUCAUGGACGACCUUCUGAACAGGACGCGCUACAAUAACCUCAUCCGGCCGGCCGCCAGCUCGGCCCAGCUCGUCUCCAUCCAGCUGCAGCUGUCCCUGGCCCAGCUCAUCAGCGUGAAUGAACGGGAACAGAUCAUGACCACCAACGUCUGGCUGAAACAGGAGUGGACCGACUACCGCCUGGCCUGGAACAGCUCCCGCUACGAGGGUGUGAACAUCCUGAGGAUCCCGGCCAAGCGCAUCUGGCUCCCAGACAUCGUGCUUUACAACAACGCCGACGGGACCUACGAGGUGUCCCUCUACACCAAUGUGGUGGUGCGCGCCAACGGCAGCAUCUUCUGGCUGCCGCCCGCCAUCUACAAGAGCGCCUGCAAGAUCGAGGUGAAGCACUUCCCGUUCGACCAGCAGAACUGCACCCUCAAGUUCCGCUCCUGGACCUACGACCACACGGAGAUCGACAUGGUGCUCCGGUCGCCCACGGCCAGCAUGGACGACUUCACCCCCAGCGGCGAGUGGGACAUCGUGGCGCUACCGGGCCGGCGGACCGUGAACCCGCAGGACCCCAGCUACGUGGACGUGACCUACGACUUCGUCAUCCGCCGCAAGCCGCUCUUCUACACCAUCAACCUCAUCAUCCCGUGCGUGCUCAUCACCUCGCUGGCCGUCCUGGUCUUCUACCUGCCGUCCGACUGCGGCGAGAAGAUGACGCUGUGCAUCUCCGUGCUGCUGGCGCUCACCGUCUUCCUGCUGCUCAUCUCCAAGAUCGUGCCGCCCACCUCCCUGGACGUGCCGCUCAUCGGCAAGUACCUCAUGUUCACCAUGGUGCUCGUCACCUUCUCCAUCGUCACCAGCGUGUGCGUGCUCAACGUGCACCACCGCUCGCCCGGCACGCACACCAUGGCGCCCUGGGUCCGCCGCUGCUUCCUGCACCGGCUGCCCGCCUUCCUCUUCAUGAAGCGCCCGGACGGCGGCCCCUCGAGGAUGCCCCCGCCCGGCCGGCCUCGCCUGACCCAGCCCGACGCCGCCGGCGGCUCCCACCUCUACGGGGCCUCCAUGUACUUCGUGAACCCCGCCUCUGCGGACCCCAAGUCCCCGGCGGGCUCGGGCUCGGCCUCUGGCUCCAGCUCGGAUGCAGCGGGCCCGGCCCGGGAUUCCCGGCUGAGGUCGUUGGGGAGGGGCCGGCAGGACGUGCAGGAGGCUCUGGAGGGCGUAAGCUUCAUUGCCCAGCACAUGCGGAGUGACGACCAAGACCAGAGCGUCAUCGAGGAUUGGAAGUACGUGGCCAUGGUGGUGGACAGGCUGUUCCUAUGGGUGUUCGUGGUCGUGUGUGUGCUCGGGACCGUGGGGCUCUUCCUGCCUCCCCUCUUCCAGACCCACACGCCUUCUGAGGGGCCCUAGGCUGCUCUGUGUGCCCCAGGGCCACAGGGUCGUGCAGUGAGAGGACCUGAGUCCCUCGGCCGUCCACCCUGUCAUACAGCCACAGCCAGGGGAGAACAGGACGGGAGCCGGGGCUGCCUUCACUUAAGGCCUCGGAGGACCUACAGGGAGCCCCAGCAGCAGGGGCUUCAGUGUGACUCUGGCCAGUCUCCUUCCCUGCACCGGGACAAGGACGUGCCAGGAAUCUUGCCCCCCCCCAGCCCCACUGUCACCCCAUCGCCCUCUGCUACCCUGCCCACAGGCCCCCUGGUCUUCUCUGAGACCCUCACACACUUCAGGAUCCUUUCCAGCUCAAAGCCUCUGCACUCGCCAUACCUUCCUCCCCCAGGGCCCCCACACUCCUCUAGUGGCUGCAGCACCCCAUCCACGCUCCGUCCCAGUGUCAUCUCCCUGCCAGGCCUUCCCCAGUCACCCUGCCUUCCUCCAGCCCUCCUGGGGACCGGAAUUCUCCCUGGCUGGUGUGUCUGUUGUCCACCUCUCACCCACUCCAGUGUGAGCUCUGGGACAGCAGGAACCCAGUCCUUCAAGUUCACUGCACUGCCCCCAGGGCCUGGGACAGCGCUUGGCACACAGCAGGUGCUUAAUAA